AUGGGUCGGUCUAAAGGAUAUCAGGAUUUAGAUGACAGCCACAUAAGGCCCCGGUCCCCGGGGCCGCCCAUGCCUCCACCUCAAGAGAUUGAAAUGGCAUCAGUCUCUGUUGUCCCUGAUGAUACUUUCACAGUAACUCAGGCAGUGAAUGCGCUGGGAUUUGGUUGGUUUCAAGUUAAACUUUCACUCUUCACUGGACUGUGUUGGAUGGCAGAUUCUAUGGAAAUGACUAUAUUAAGUAUAUUGUCACCAGCUUUACAUUGUGAAUGGAAUAUUAGCAAAUACCAACAAGCUUUAACCACUACAAUAGUGUUCAUGGGAAUGAUGCUCAGCUCCACAUUCUGGGGUAACAUCAGUGACCGAUAUGGAAGGAAAACUGCUCUAAGUAUGUGUGGAGUAUUACUGUUCUACUAUGGUUUGCUAAGCUCUAUAGCACCAAACUUCCUGUGGCUGUUGUUUCUAAGAGGUCUUGUUGGAUUUGCUAUAGGAUGUGUGCCACAAUCUGUCACAUUGUAUGCAGAGUUUUUGCCAACGAAGCAGAGGGCUAAAUGUGUUGUACUUCUUGAUUGUUUCUGGGCGCUCGGUGCUUGUCUAGAAGUUGCUUUGGCGUUGGUAGUAAUGCCUACAUUAGGAGUGCACUGGCUCCUUGCUCUGUCAACCAUACCUCUAUUAUUCUUCGCCCUAAUAUGUCCUUGGCUUCCUGAAUCUGCAAGAUAUCACGUCGCUAGUGGCGAGCCAGAUAAAGCUCUGGCCACUUUAGAACAGAUAGCACAAGACAAUGGCCGGCCGAUGUUGUUGGGGCGUCUGGUGUGCGACGACUCCGUAGGGAUAGGACAACGCGGCCGGCUCAAGCAUCUUCUCAUACCGCAUCUCAGGAACACCAGCUUGCUUCUCUGGUUUAUAUGGAUGUCAUGUGCAUUCUGUUACUACGGGCUGGUGCUGAUGACGACGGAGCUGUUCGAGACAGACCCCAGCGGCCUGGAGGAGCCCUGCGCCGCCGACUGUAGGCCGCUGCAGACCACAGACUACAUGGAUCUGUUAUGGACCACACUCGCUGAGUUUCCCGGUAUAUUCGCUACAAUAUUCAUCAUUGAAAAGUAUGGUCGCAAGAAAACAAUGGCUACACAAUUCGUUAUAUUUGCGAUGUGCGUCUGUGUUCUAAUUUACAAUGGAAAUCGAACGUUCCUCACAUGCGUACUAUUUCUCGCUAGAGGCAUUAUAGCGGGAUUAUUUCAAGCUGCUUACGUAUAUACGCCGGAGGUAUACCCGACGGCGCUUCGUGCAACGGCAGUGGGCGCGUGCAGUGCAGUCGCGAGACUGGGGGCCAUGGUCACACCGUACGUGGCACAGGUGCUAUUAAAGAACUCUAUAGUAAUCGCAACGAGUGUGUACUCUCUAGUGGCCGUAUUAGCGGCCGGCGCGUGCCUCGCACUGCCCAUAGAGACCAAAGGCAGAGAAAUGAGAGACACAGUCACAGUAACAAACUAG